GUGUUGAAUAUUUUCGUCCCUGCCAUCAUUGAUGAGUACAACUGCACAAAAACUGAAGCCGAUGCUGUUGUGAUAGUGGUUCCUACGGCUACAAGCCUGAUGGGUGGUCCACUAGCAGCAAUGCUCUACAACUUUGUUGGUGCUCGUGUUAGCAUAUUCUGCGGUGCUCUGAUGUGCUUCGUAGGUUUCAGUCUCGGUUCCGUGGCUCCAUCGAUGGCCGUUCUUUCAGUUUUCGCUGUUCUUAUCGGGUUUGGAUGCUCCUUGAUGCGGAACGCCAUAAUUUCGGUACAGUGUGAAUAUUUCACUACGAAACGAAAUACCAUGAUGUCCUUCAUAUCGAUUGGACCUGGAAUUGGCAUCUUUUUACUCCCACGCGUUCUAGUUCCUUUGAUCAACACUUACUCGUGGAGCGUCGGUUUUCAGUUUCUGGCGUCCCUCUAUGUGAUCUGUGGAGCAAUGUCAUUAUUCAUUACUCGGCAUUCUAGUACAGAACAUCCUUCACUCGUCUGGUUUCACCUAGAAUUUUGGCUGCAUGCUAUCUCAUCGUUUUGUGCGUCUUCCGUUUGCAUCAUUUAUCUGUCCAACAUCCUAGGUCAUAUGAGAGGGGAAAAUAUCGAGCAGCCAGAAGUGGUCUACAGUUACUUUGGUAUAGCAUCGAUCAUUGGAAGAGUCUUGCUCACACUGCUUUUGGGUCUUACCAAGAUCCAUAUAGCGGUGGUGAUGAUUUGCAAUUACCUAAUUGCUAUACCGAGUAUAUUCUCUGCGGCGUUCUGCUAUACUCUGUGGGAAUUUCGAUUUCAAAAUUUCUUCUCAGGAUUUGGAAUGGGGCUUUUCCAAGCGACACUUGCACAGUUUCUAUUGCUGAUGGUGGGACCGUCCGAGCUCCCCGGUGCCCUGGGAUACACAAACUUGAUCAACGGCGCUGCUGCUUUUGCAGCGGUACAGAUCUCAGGCUCCGUUUCACAACGUUACCAAAGUACUCGAGCAGCAUUUCACAUCUCAUGCGUUUUCGGAGUCUUCGCUAUCAUAUUUGCCAUAGUGAAUUCUGUUGCCAUUCUACUCCGGCAACGAAAACAGGCAGCGUUGGUCAUCCAGAAGAAAGCAGCGGAAAUUCCUGAGCUUAGAGUUAUGCUUCAGCAUAAUCCGGAUCACUGA